AAAACCAUCAUCACAAAAAGCAUCCACCAUUUUAUUUUCUUCCAAGUGACCCUAAUAGCUUUCUCCUUUGUACAAGCUCAAAAAAUGACAAAAAGAAAGAAAGAAGAAACCAGGUCGACCUAUUCCAGUCUAGUCUAUUUCUUAAGUAACUCAAAAGACUAUUUCUGAUUUGUAUAAAAACCAAACGGCAUCACAGAAAGCCGUCAUAGUCCUCCUGAGCAACAAGGGGCGCUACAGAACUACAUUUUUUAAUAUAUAUAUAUUUAUUUAUUUUAUAAGCCAGUAUGAAAAGACAAAAGAUUAAUUAAAUUACUUUGAUUCGGUUAGACGGGGAACUCAUUUUCGGUUCAAAGGGACUAGUUUCUUGUUCAUUUCCCCUCCCUGCGGCAUCCUUCUUGUUUGCUGGCUGUGUGUUUUUUCCCCCCCGGGUGGUUCCGUCAUGUCGGGGAUGCAGCAGCUCAGGCUGCUGGUCAGCGAGCGGCUAACGGCGGCUGCAGAGGAAAUCUUCGGGCUCGUUGAGAGGACAAUCACGGAGUACCAGGAGGAGGUGGUCCGCUCCAAGAGAGAAAUCAUCCAGCUGAGGCAGCAGAUCGAGCAGCUGACCGUCUUACAGCCCCGAGUGUCUUUGUUCAAAGGAGAUGUCGAGUCAGUGUCAGAGAACCAAAGCCAGCCCCCAGCAGAGGAACAAAAGGAAGGUGGAGACCAUCAGCAGGUUAAAGAGGAGCAGCUGGACGUCUGCAUCAUCCCAGACGUGGACACCGAUUCUUCUGACGACAUAAAAGUUUCUCCUUUCGCAUCAGAGACGACCCCUCACGUCGACCCCCAGCUGUUACCAAGCGUCAGCUCCAUAACCGUGACUCUGAACAGCGGCGACGAGGGAAAAUGGAUUCGGAAUUUUGGCGGGGGCUCGUCGCAUUCCGGUCCAAGUCGCGGCCUCGUUUCCCUCGUGCAGCCGGAGCACGUCCUGGACAGCAAGUCCUGCCGUCUCUGCGGCGCGUCCUUCAUCAGGGACUGCGACCUGAUCAGGCACGUGGACGAGUCCCACGCGGGGCAGAAGGCCUUCAAGUGCUUCGAGUGUCACAAGGAGUUUGCCCGGAAAGACAGCUUGACUUUGCAUCUGAGGGUCCACACGGGCGAGAAGCCGCACAGGUGUCCCUUCUGCGGGAAGUUCUUCACCCAGACCUCAAACCUCAGGGUUCACAUGAGGAAGCACACGGGCGAGAAGCCAUACUUCUGCAGCUCGUGUGGCAAAAUGGUGGCGCACUCGUAUCACCUGAAAACAUGCUCCAGGCGGUCCUCAGUCACGAUGGACGUUAGUGGACAUUAGAGGUCUUCUAACUGAAUCCUGGGUGGUAAAGAAAAACUUACACUGCAAACUUGAGUUUGCACAGAAAAGCCUUGGAAUCACGUUGUAUUAUGGAAGCUCUCUUCUGAUCAGAUACAGAUGCUAUAGAUGCAGACUAUUUAUUAUUUUUAUAUAUUAUUAUUUGUGUUAUUAUUAUUGUCAUAGACGUCUUUUGGAAUCACAUGAAACUUUUUUAACCCAUGAAGCUUAAUGUUUAACUCUUCAAGUUUGAUUUGAGUAGUUCUACCCCUGCUUAUUGGGAUGUACCUGUCAAUAAAGAACAACUGUGA